CCUCUUCCCUUCUUCUUCCUCCUGUCUUCCCUCUGCCCUUCUUUUUCUUCCUCUUUCCUAUCUUCUCCUGUUUUCAUUUCUCCUCUCUUCCUUUACUGUUCACUUCUUUCUCCCUUUCUUCUUUAUUGUCUUUUACCUCUUUCUCCUGCCUUCUCUCUUCCCUUCUUCUUCCUCCUCUUUUCCCUCCUUCUCCUCUUUCUCCUCUCUCCCCCCUUCCUUUACUCCUCCCUCCUCCUCUCUUCCCUCUUUCUUCUCCCUUCUCUUUCUUCCACAUCUCACCUCUUGCUCCCACCUUCAGCCUUGAUUUGGGAUUUAUAGCUAUACAAGGACUCUAGGAAUCUAGAUUCUAGAUUCGAACUCGGGACCGUCCGGCUGAGAAGAUGCCAUCCGGUGGAUUCCGAAAGAUCCCUGGAGAGGAUGAGGAGGAUGAGGAGGAAGGAGAUGAGAAUGCUGGGAGUGGUGUUACCGCCACCUUAAUCCUGUCCGUCUUCACCGCCGUUUUGGGUUCCCUGCAGUUUGGGUACAACAUCGGCGUCAUCAAUGCACCGCAAAAGAUCAUUGAGCAGAACUACAAUGCCACCUGGAUGGAGCGCCAGGGAGUGGAGCACCCGACGCCCAUCGAGCCAAACACCCUCAAGAUGCUCUGGUCCCUCUCGGUGGCCAUCUUCUCCAUUGGGGGCAUGGUCUCCUCCUUCAUGGUGGGCAUCGUCUCAGAAUGGCUUGGCAGGAAGAGGGCCAUGAUUGUGAACAACGGCUUGGCCUUCCUCGGCGGGGGCUUCAUGGGUCUGGCGCAGCUCGGCAAAUCCUAUGAGAUGAUGAUCAUCGGGCGGUUCCUGAUCGGAGCUUUUUCUGGUUUUGCCUCCGGAUUGGUGCCCAUGUACGUGGGGGAGAUCGCUCCCACCAACCUGCGGGGGGCGCUAGGCACAUUGAAUCAGCUGGCCAUCGUCAUUGGCAUCCUCGUCGCUCAGGUCUUUGGGCUGGAGAGCCUGUUGGGGACCCCCACCUUGUGGCCCCUCCUGAUGGGCCUGAGCGUGGUCCCUUCCGCCCUCCAGCUCCUGCUCUUCCCUUUCUGCCCAGAGAGCCCUCGCUACCUCUACAUCAUCCGCAACAAGGAGUCCAAGGCCAAAGAGAGUCUCAGGCGCCUGACGGGGCGCACCGAUGUGACGGCCUCCCUAAAUGAGAUGAAGGAAGAGAAGCGGCGCAUGGACCUGGAGCGCAAGGUCUCCAUCUUGGAGCUCUUCCGGUCCCGCCUCUACCGCCAGCCGCUCCUCAUUGCCGUGGUCUUGCAGUUGUCCCAGCAGUUGUCCGGCAUCAAUGCGAUAUUCUAUUACUCAACGGACAUCUUCACCAAGGCCGGACUGGAGCAGCCCAUCUAUGCCACCAUUGGAGCUGGAGUGGUCAACACCGUCUUCACGGUCAUUUCGGUGUUCAUGGUGGAGUGGGCAGGGCGGCGGACCUUGCACCUGCUGGGCCUCUUUGGCAUGAGCAUAUGCGCCAUCCUCAUGAUGAUCUCUCUCCUCUUACUGGAGAGUGUGCCCUCGAUCGGCUAUCUCAGCAUGGUGGCCAUCUUUGGCUUCGUGGCCUUCUUUGAGAUCGGGCCGGGCCCCAUCCCCUGGUUCAUCGUGUCCGAGCUCUUCAGUCAAGGCCCGCGUCCGGCGGCUGUGGCCGUGGCCGGCUUCGCCAACUGGACCUGCAACUUCAUCAUCGGCAUGAGCUUCCCCUCCAUUGCGGACGCCUGCGGCCCGUACGUCUUCCUCCUCUUUGCCCUCCUCCUCUGGGCUUUUGCCAUCUUCACGUACCUGAAGGUCCCAGAGACGAGGGGUCGCACCUUUGACGACAUCGCGGCCACCUUCCGCCGGACGCCCUCCUUGCUGGACCGCGAGAUCAAGCCGUACACGGAACUGGACGAACUCAGUCCGGACAACCACGAGUGAAGGGGGAGAACCCUUUUGGGGGGGAAAAAGGUGGACGAUGGGACGUGCCCAAGGCCAGCAGGGAACCGAGCAGGGGAGCGUGGGCUGCGGAGUCGGGGAGGCGGCGGAGGGCGAGGAGACCCCGGUUCUGCCCAAGCACUUUAUCUCGAGAGAGAGUUGUCCGGCCUGUGUUCGGUCGAACCGAUUUUUUCCUUUAGGUCAGUUUUAGUCGGGAUGUAUGGUUUUUUUUGGAUUUUUUUCUUCUUUUUUAACAAAAAGGGAAAUAUUUUAUUUAAUUUUCAAUUUUAAUGUUAUUUUUAUUGGCAAGACAGGUCUAUAU